GGACAAUAAAUCAUUAGGUGAAAGUUGUAAUUCUCACAAUGCAGUGCACAAGAAUUCUUAGAGCUGCACAACGUGCAAAUCUUACUGGGUUCGACCCAAAAGCAUUAGCUGCCGCUUCUGGUAAAAAUGCAGGUGACCCAUGGGCACGACGUGAAGCUUGGAGAUAUCAAGGACAAUACUCAAGGCGGAAUCGAUUUUCGAACACCUUCCCUGGAUUAGGCAUUGCGACGGUAGCUUUUGCAGCAUAUUGCGGAUACGAAUACUUCUUUUUGGCGGACGAACAUCAUGGGCACGCAGAGGGUCAUGGCGAUGGACAUCACUGAAGAAUGAAUUGAUGGGAAGUCGUUGUACAUAUGGGCUAAAUAUCAUCAUUGGGACUGAUCCCCUCAUUCUCAACAAGCACUGCGCACGCUCCAUGUAUGGAUAUGAUAUGAAUUCUCUAUUUCUCUGUGAGGAUGCAAAACAUUGACAACUCACUUUCCAUACAACGGGCAAUUUAUUGGUAAGUAGCGACGAGAACAAACGCUCUAUACUUUCAAAAUACAUUGUGCAAGUGUGCAAUGAUCAAUUCAUUGAUGUUAUGCUUGUCCACGGCUCAAUCAAUGCCAGAUUUCGGAU